UCUCUCUCUCUCUCUCUCUCUCUAGGAGAAAGAGAACGACAAGGCCUUGCUUCUUUCUCUCUCAAUAAUCUUCUUUUUCUGCAACCCCCCCAUUGGGUUCCAUUGUUUCUCUCUCUCAGGCUACAGGGGAAAAGAGAAGGAAAAGGGCUUGCUUCUUUUCUCUCUCCAUAAUCUUCUUCGUCUGCAAUCAAUUCCAUUUUUGGGUUCCACAUUGAUAAUAGAGAGAGAACCAUGACUGUUAAUGGUCAAUCUGAAGCCCGAUUUUCGCCAGAAUACCACAACAACAUGCCUCAACCCCCAGCACCUCCAACAGCCUCCAAGCAACCUCAGCCUCCUGCCAAAGGCGUCGAUAGUCAAUCGGUUUCUCGAAGGCUACAAUCGGAGUUGAUGUCACUGAUGAUGUGUGGAGAUCCUGGUAUAUCUGCCUUCCCGGAAGGUGACAACAUCUUUUGUUGGAAAGGGACCAUCACAGGGAGCAAAGACACAGUGUAUGAAGGCAUGAUCUACAAGCUGUCUCUCUCUUUCCCCACUGAUUAUCCAUUCAAGCCACCCAAGGUUAAAUUUGAGACUAUUAUCUUUCAUCCCAAUGUUGAUACCUUUGGCAACAUUUGUUUGGACAUCCUCCAGGAUAAAUGGUCAUCCGCAUAUGAUGUCAGAACAAUAUUACUCUCUAUUCAGAGUCUCUUAGGAGAACCAAACAAUGAUUCUCCCCUUAACAACCAAGCUGCAGCCUUGUGGAUCAAUCAGGAAGAAUACAGGAAGGUUGUGGAGAAGCAAUACAAAGUUGUAGGAGGAGGGAACUAGUGGGCGUGUUUCUGGUUGGUCCAAGAAGGAGACGGGUUUGGGUGUGUUUCUGUUGGUUCAAGAAGGAGAAGGGUUCGGAUAAUAGAUGCUCUUGUUGCAUUUUUUUUUUGUGAAUUCUAAAUUUUGAAACUGGUGAUGAUGCAACAUAUGACUCCCUAAUUGUUAACAGUUCUCCAUUAUCAGAUCAUGUUCUUCUCCUUUGUGUUUCUGUUGACCAGAGAAGAAGGGUUGGGAUGACAGAUGCUCUUGAUGUAAUUUUUUUUUUCUCCCUAUUUUUCAAUGUCAAAUUGUGAUAAUGGUGAUGAUGUAAUGUAGCAUAUGAGUCCUGAAUUCUUCAAAGUUUUCCUAUCGACACCACUGAAAAUACAUUGGGUUUUAAUUC